GAAGAACUUACAUAUACUACUACUUGUUUCCACAAAUUGCAUGUAAAAUACAUAUAUAUUAACACUCGUGAUGGAUUAGGAUUGUCUGGGUUUCAGUUAGUAAACAGAAUCGUUUGUUUUAGCUUAGGCGAGCCAAGGGCAAACAUUGGGUCCUUUCACUAAGCAGUAGCUGUCUCGCUAUUUUUUUAAAUCAACAUACUUGGAGAGCAGAGUUAAUUAUCUUAAACGUUAUGUUAGCUGACUUAAGAUUCGGAAACCGUUACGUUACACUAGUUGGUAACGCGUUCAGGAACGAUUAUAACUCACAACGGUUAUGAUUCAGCAAGAACAACAUGAUUUGAAAUCGACAUGUUCACUAGCUACCUAGCCAACUAGCUGUUUCACUGGAAACCUACAUUUGUUUAUAUAGCUACCGUAGAUGUUCUAGCCAGUUAGCUAAAAUUAUUAACUGUAUCCUGGAAGCACUUGAUUUCUAGUGAGUUCAUAUAAAUGUUAUCGUCCUGGCAGUCUAGCUAACCGUAGCACACGAGGAAUGUUGCGAAAUGUAUCUGUAGCUUGCUAGUAAGGUAGCUAGCAUCUCCGAUUUGCAGUCUGUUUCGUUCCAAUGGCACAACAGUCAGCUGGCUAACUAAGGCUUGUUAGAUAUUAUAUUUCCUACCAAAUCGUCCACAUUAAUUCUAGUAUACUCGCUUGCUAGCAGAGUAGUCGGCUGGCCUGAUCAUGACCACACAGAACGUGAGCUUUAGUAAAGACGGGCUUGUUUUUGCACACGUUUCUUGGGAUUGCAAAUCAGCUGAACGCAACCUUUGUGGCAUCCUACAUCCAGUGACUGCCAGCAGUUUAGCCAGCCUUACCCAGGUCUACACAGAGAACUCAGGCGAGAUUGACCUGGUGUACUUGGAGCAGGAUGCAGACACAUCGCCAUGCGUGCUCAGACUGCAGUGCGCCCCGCACUCUUCGGUCCUCAUCUCCAGCCUGUUGAUCGUCACUGAGGCUCGGACCAUGGAGGUGUACUCUGGAGCAGGGGACUACUGUGGCACCUGCCGUGGGGAGCGACAUCACACCCUUCCAAAUGAAGGUGCUGCUGAAGACAUCUCACUUUUCAAGAAGUACUUAAAAUUAGAGAGUCCACUGGCAUCUUGUGAUGUGAAGCUGCUGUCCCUGGGCGGGCGGGACCGAGUGGGGAUCGCCGGGAUCGUGCUGGGCCUGCAGGAUGAUGGGAGGGAUGGCGGCUCCCCGACCACGGGCCAGGGCAUCGACCUGCGCCGCGUGCAGACCAUGGUGGAGUCCAUGGGCACCGGCCUGUCGCCCGGAGCGCAGAACCUCAUGGAGAUGGUGCAGUUUCAGCAGAAGAAUAAGGCCGAUGCCCUGAGUGGGUUUUUGCCGCUGCUCCUGGGUAGCGGGUCGUUGGCCGCAAUGGCGAAAGGCAGCGCGGAGUCCAGAGCGGCGGCGGAGGACUCUCGAGCGCACGCGGACGCUCCGUCACCAGAGAGCGCGGUCGCUGGAGCGGAGGACCCGCCCGAACCGCCUGGCACCGCGGCCCCCGACCGCAAGCUGAUGGAUGCGGUGUCGUCCUUGCUGAAUGGUCGUCCCGGGCGAAGGCCGGUUGGCUUCGGUCCCGACCUGCUCCCGGUGCUGCAGGGGGUCUGCGGUCAGGUGACCCAGCUCCGAAUCGAGGACAGCUCAUCAGCAACUGCAGCGACAGGGGAGGAGCGCUCCUGCUGCCGCUCCCUGGAGCAGCGGGUGGAGAGGCGCAUGGAGGAGAUGGAGGAGCGGCUGAAGCGGCACAUCGACCGGCGGCUGGAGGCCCUGGAGCAGAGGCUGGAGCGCGCCCUCCUGGCGGCGCUGCCCCUGGCGCACGCCCCCCCGGGCGUCAAGGGCGCCCGCGCGCCCGACUGGAACGGCGCCCACGGCCUCCUGAACGGAGACGCCUGACCCGGGUCCCGCCGCGCCUAGGCGCUAACGAUAACCGCCCCCUCGCCUCCACGGCGCUAACGAUGCCCGCCCCUUCGCCCCUCGGGGGUUACGCCCAUCCUUCCCCGCCCCUCGGAGGUAACAACCCGCCCUGCCCCGCCCCUUCGCCCCUCGUAGGUAACGCCGUCCUGCCUGCCCCCUUGCCCCUCGGAGGUAACGCCCGUCCUGCCCCGCCCCUUUGCCCCUCGUAGGUAACGCCGUCCUGCCUGCCCCCUUGCCCCUCGGAGGUAACGUCCGUCCUGCCCACCCCUUCGCCCCUCAGAAGUAACGGCUGCCCUGGCACCGUGGGUGGGGCACACCUGCGCUAUCACCUACGGACACCCGUCGACCUGAAGGGGUUCCAACUGUGUCAACAAAGUCGACCUGAAGCAGUGCAGAAGUUGGCCGACGAUCACUGCUGCUGUCGAGAAGCGCGGUUGUGCUAACUCCGUCAGCCCGUAAUAAUUUACAUUCAGCCUAUGCAAAUCACAACGUCCCCGUCUGCGUUUUUUUGUGUUUUAGAAUGCGUUUCUGCACUGACGUACCUGAUCUUUAAGCUGCUGGCAUCAAGUGUAAAUUUACUUACGUCUGUCUCACUAUCCAUGUUUCUUUUUGCGUUGAUGUUUUUUUUAUUAACAGUUCUGUCAGUUACGUAAUUGUUUUCAUUGUAUUUGUUUUUCAUUGUUGUAUUAUUAAUACAUAUAUAUGUCCUCAAAUGGUUUGUGGAAUUAUUCUGUUUAUUUUAUUAGAUCGAACUUGGGUUUUAUAUGAAAAUGUAUUGACAAUGACAUGUAUUUUUUGAAUGGUUGGAACUUAGAAUGGUUUGAUCACCUUCGUAGCUGGUAGAAGGCAGUAGUUUAAGGGGAAGCUUCAGUUUUCCUGAAACCACCUAAAAGUCAUUCAUUCAAUUUUACGUUUUGCAGAAGUGUAAAGACCUUUAUAUUACUAAAGUAAACUCAGUGUUUCAGCCAAAGGGACCUUUUCAAGCUAUGAUGAGAGUUGUGUAUUGGAGGUUACUGUUGAAAUAUUUAUUGGAGUUACUAUUUUGCAUACCCUUGGGUUUGAGGAUAGUCAUCCCUGUACUAUAACAAAUAACUCACAAUGGAGUGUGAUGACAUCCUUUAAAAUGUGAUUUUUACAUUGAAAAGUGAAAAGAUGGGCAUCAUCCUUGAAAGUCAAUGUACCUUUAUUCACACUAAAUAAAUUAUAGGAGUUAUUUCAUAUUA